GGGCGCGGGCGCGGCCCACCCGCGAGCCGCGCCACCCCGGCGCGGCGCGCCGGCGGCAAGGGCGCUGGCGGCAAGGGCGGCGCGGGGCCCUCGAGGGAGUGCCGGCCCCCGCCGCCGCCGCCCAGCGGCAGCCUCAAGGCGUUGCCGGCGGAGCACGUACAGGCCUUCUUGCAGUUGGUCCAGGAAGAUGGUGACUACAACGAGGCGCUCCGCGCGCUGCGCAAGGUGCGCCGCGCCGUGAAGGGGCGCGGCUGCUCCAAGGAGGCCUUCGGCGGCACGCGCGCGCUGAUGCACCACCUGCUCGAGGGCUACGCCUCGGCGGGGCGGCUCCCCGAGGCCCUGGAGCUCCUGGGCGACAUGAAGAGCGGAGCGGAGGCCCGCCUGGUGAGCGCCGCCGCCUUCAACGCCGUGCUCCGCGGUUUGCUGGCGCGCGUUGCGCUGGAUGAGGCGCGCCGCGUCGUGCGGGAGGAGAUGCCGCGCCUCGGCGUCUCGCCCAACGAGUCCUCCCUGAACCUGCUCAUGGACACGGCGGCGCGCGCGGGGCCGGCCCACCUCGAGGAAGCGUGGGACGUUCUGGAGGAGAUGCAGCGCCGCGGGCUGCGUGCGGACAAGUACACCGUGUCCAUCCUGACCAAGGGCAUUACGGAGCGCGGGGACAAGCGGCGGGCGCCACGGGGCGUUCUGUUGGUGGAGCACUUCCUCAAGACCCAGCAGGAGGACGUGGAUGAGGUUCUUGUGAACUCACUCCUGGACGUCUUCUGCAGGAUGAACGACAUGCCCAGGCUGGAGGCAACGCUGACAAAGAUGAAGGAGUACAACAUCCGGGGCUCCGCUGUCACGUACGGUACGAUUGUCAAGGCGUACGGCCGCGCGGGGAACAUCGACAAGGUCCUCCAGGCGUGGGAGGCGAUGUCGAAGGAGGGCCUCGAGGCAAACGCAGUCACGUAUGGCUGCAUGCUCGACGCGUGCGUGAAGUGUGGCCAUCUCGAUCGGGCUUUUCAGGUUUUCGCAGCGAUGAAGGAAAAGGGGCUUCACAAGAACACGAUCUUGUACGCGACGCUCAUCAAGGGUCUUGCGAAAUCCAAGGAUCCUUCCGCCGCAAGGAAGCUUCACCAGGAGAUGGUGGCCGAGGGCGUGACGUGCAACGUCGUCGUGUUCAACAGCCUCAUCGACGCCUGCGUGCGAGCCAACGACCUCAAUGGCGCCGCGGAGGUCCUCCAGCAGAUGACGGCGGCGGGGGUUUGGCCCGACCUCAUCACCUUCAGCACCCUCAUCAAGGGCUACUGCAGCAGCGGCGAGCUCGGCAAAGCCAUGCGCCUUGCAGAGGAGCUGCAGGCGCGCAACCUGGAGUGUGAUGAGAUCGUAUACAACUCGCUCCUGGAGGGCUGCGUGAAGGCCGGCGACCUGCAGCUGGGCAUGCGGCUCUUCACCGAGAUGCGGCAGCGGAACGUGCGGCCGAGCCCCGUGACGUUCUCCAUCCUGGUGAAGCUGCUCUCGCGCGCUGGCCGCCUCGAUCUCGCGUGCCACCUCGUUGCGCGCGAGAUGCGGGAGCUCCACGGCGUGGCGCCGACCCGCAUGGUGUGGUCCUGCCUCGUGACCUGCUGCGUCAAGGCCCGCGACGUCGACCGGGCGGUGGUCGUCCUGGACCUGCUCGACCGGGAGGGCGGCGCCGCCGGCGGCGCCCGCACCUCCAUGUACGCGACGGUGGUGGAGGGCUGCCUGGCGCAGGGCGAGGUGGCCGCCGCCAUGGGCCUGUGCGAGCGCGCCUACCUGCGCGCACACCCGGAGGAGAGGGCUCGCGGGGCCUGCUCUCCGCCGACCUUCUGCGGCGCGCCUUCGAGGCCGCCGGCGCGGGCGCCGGGCCCGGCCCGGCAGGCGCCGACCGCAUCGGGGGCCCGGCUCAGCCAUCAGGUGCGC